AUGCAGUUUUUGUGCAACACUACAUGUUUUGAUGAAAAUUCGAACAUACAGUCGGAUCCAGCAAUGAUUAUCGUUAAUUCAAAAUGGAAAGAGAAAAAAUCUAGUAUUGUAGAACAAUUUUUAUCAGAUUUACAAAGACAAGAUAUUGAUUGGCCAAAAUCCAAUGAUUUAUAUAAUGAAUAUGAUAAUACAUAUUCACCGAUUGAUAAACUAUUAAAUCAUUUAUUAGAAGCAACUGUAUUAAAGGGAACUCAUUCAAAAAAGGAACAAACAUCAGAACAAAAACAUCGAGUUGAUCCGAGUCAACCAACGUAUACAACAUCCAACUUUCGUGUACAUCCAGAACACCAACAAGAAUCCGAAAUACAAGUUCCAUCAACAAAUGAAAAAUCAAUAGUAUCUUAUUGUAAUGAUGUAAAUUAUUUGAAUUCCCAAAAUCAGUCGAAUUUACAACCCAACAAAUUUAGUGAAGACUGUAGUAUUAUUCAAAGCAAAAAUACAGAUUUAAAUGAAUGGAUCAACGAAGCACAACAAUUAUUGGAUAAUAUAAAAGCAUCCAGAAAAUUAAGCCGUUUAUCGUAUACACCAUGUCUAAACAAUAGACGACAUUCAGAAAUGGAAUUUACUAAUUUAAUUCCAAUUAUUGAUAAUCCAGAUAUGAUGCGGUGUUUGAUUUGCUACAGAAAAUUUAAAAUUGAUGUAGCAACUAAGCAUGUAGAAACAUGUACACGUAAAGGUAAUGGAACUAAUUCCUUAGGUUCCACUACUGCUACCGGUUAUUCACCUACUUCUUUUCGUGCUAGACAAUACGCUGAAGAUUUACAGAAAAGAACAUUACACAAACCUACAUUGACGCCAAAUAAUCAGUCGAAAAACGAAGUACAAAGGAGAAAAUCAGAAACAGAAAUCCGUAUGUAA